CACUUGGAGAGGAAGGAAGACGGUUCGAAGUCCAGCAAGCGGUUCCUUCGUCGGUUCAUUGUUCCUGGAGACAUUGAGCUCGAGGCUGUCAUUUCAGUCAUGUCUUCUGACGGAGUGCUUAAAAUUUUAGCUCCGAAGAGGCUUGGCCACAACCGAAAACACGUUUCGACUGACAUGGACGAUGGUGAUGCAAUGUUUUCAAGGAAAUUCACAAGUGGGCAUCGUCUCACCGAUAACUUUUUGGGGAACAGAGAUUCAUCUUCGGAUGACGAGGAUUUUAGGACAUUUGCCAGGCAAAUCAAUGAUCGCUACCAAGUCACUUUCCAAGAUAACGACGAAGAAUUUGAAAAUGGACAUUUGCUCAACAAGGAGACAAAGAUGAAAACUGACAAGGACUUUAAAUAUGACAUUCCAAGCUUUUCAACGGAAACCAGGGUUUUAUACGUGGACAGAAGGGGUGUAUUCACUGAAGACUAUUUCUUCGCGAAUGUUCGUGACAGCUUCAGCCAAGCAGUGAGAGAAGUGCUGGAAAAGGCCUAAUGAAUGGACCUGUCGAAGUGACGCCAUGCACAACUACAGACGUCUGCGUCAGCGCAACCUCAAGUUGGAAACUCAGGCUGUUGGCAUCAUUGACGAUCAAGACUCACACAAGAUUGUGAUGGACGUUUUUGAUUUCAUUAAGGGCGACGUGACAGUGCAGUUGGUGAAGGGCAAGGAACUGCUGGUCGAGGGUCAAGCAGAGAAGCAGGACGGAAGCAGAGUGUCCCGAGUGAGCUUCGAGCGUCGCUUUGCGUUGCCUGAGCUCGUCGACCGAGACGCCAUCAGCUGCGUGUUGUCCUCGGACGGAAUCCUGACAAUCAUCUCCAAGAAGAGAGCAUGCGAGUACAGGACUAGUGCAAGGGGACUUUCCAGUGAGAGGAAGUCCUACGGUGACAGGGCUGGCAGGUGGGAGGACAAGAAAGUGAAGGACUCCCUCGCGGAUCUGGAAGGCCCCAGCUCUCGGAGCUUCAGCACUGGCUCUCGCUCCCGCUACCAUCGCUCCUAUGCGAAGCAAUAUUAGAGUAAAAGUCCUUAUAUAUAUUUAUAACUGCAUAUUUACAAAAAAAGAAGUAAUUCUUGUGCUCCAUAAGUGAUUAUUUUUGUGAUAUAUACACAUUAAUUUUACUGCUGAGGAGUGCCUUUAUAUGUGCAUUCUAUCCUACAUAUCUACAAGUUUACAUGUUUUGUAUUUUUAAAUCACAUUCCUUGCCAUAAAUACCGUCAUACUUUAUUUUGAAGAAAAAAGUGUAUUUGUAUAUGUAAAUAAAAUAACUUCCUAUA